AUGCGGCAAACAUCAAUUCGAUUUGCUUUAUCGGCUAUUAAUCGGCAAUAUUUAAUCGAAAAAACGAUUCGAGUCGAUCAUAUCGGUGAACUCGCUGCAAAUCAAAUUUAUGCUGGACAAAAUGCAAUACUUGCAAAUAGACCAAUAUCAUCGGUGAUUCAGAAAAUGUGGAAUAGCGAGAAAGAACAUUUAAAUAUUAUGGAGCGUUUAUGUGCAAAAUAUGAUGUUUCUCCAACUCGACUUACUCCAAUACUUAGUGUUAUUGCUUUUACACUUGGUGCUACAACGGCUGCAUUGGGUGAAAAACCUGCUAUGGCAUGCACUAUUGCAGUUGAAGAACUAAUUGCAAAACAUUACGAUGAUCAAAUAAUGAAAUUGAUUGACGAUGAUCCUAAAGUGCAUAGUGAAUUAUUAAAGGUAUAUUAA